AUGCAUGGCAUCUACAAGCUGGCCAGGGUUGGCGGAGAACGUCCAAGUGCAUCCCACAACACAUUGUACUACUACAAGGGUCUCGAUCUGAACGCGUCUGUCGGCUAUUCGCCUUCGAUCCUCACCUCCUCCAACCAGACACUUGCCCACCAACUCUACUCGGAAUGCCACAUCAUCAUCACCAUCACUUUGAACAAUGACAUGGCACUUACGGAAUGCAUGAACCACGAUGCUGAGCUCCGACCAGUAGAUGUCACCUUUCAGCCCGAAUAG